AAUAUAAAACCUGUUUGGUCGGAUGACGUAUAGCUUGUGUUUCUGUGCCGAGAGCUUUUAGGGCAAAAUUAUCGUGUUUGGAUUGAUUUUACACCUUAAUAUCAUGUUAAAAGUGUCCAAAGAUUCAUAAAAUAUACACAGGAAUCUUAUGUGCGAUAAAUAAACCGAUUCGUGGAUUAAUGGUGUCUUUAUUGGAUAAUCGCAUCGGUUGAUUGUAACGCAGCAUCUAUCAUAUCAAGUACACGGAAAAAAAAUAUGUGACAUUUAAAAUAAAAAUAUAUUUUGCAAUGUUUGUGUGUGUUGAUAAGUUAAACAAAUAUAGUGUGUGAGAAAUGGGUGACCCGUUGAAACAUCCAUUCAAAGUGAAAACAAAAACACUGCUCGUUGUGAUAUCGAAAAAAUGGAUUUGAUCAGCGACCUGUCCCCCCUGAGUCCGGGUCUUAUAGACGAAUUGGAGGCUUUUAUGGCCCCCGUCGGCGAGGGUUGCUUCGGCCAGCCUCUAGACGCACGCCGUAUAGGGGGCCACCAGCUACCUGAAAGUCCACCGGACUCUGGCUCCGAGAACCCCUACAGUCCUGAGACCCAGGUAUCCCACACCAUAGCGGUGUCACAGACCGUGUUAGGCACGGACUACAUGCUGGUGCCGGAACACAUGACCUCCCAUGAAAUUUUACAGCAAAACGGCGAUUACAUAUACGAGGAAUUGAAGAGUGAUAGCAUAGAUCAUGAGGUUUUAAGGAAUAACCUCAACGAUGUAGUGGUCCUACCAGCUGAUCAGAACUUAGAUUUGGGUAUACGCUCUGUCAGGCACGAUUUGGGUUUAACUGAACCCAUAGCCUAUAAUAGAUACGGCCAGAUGAGGGUCGAGCUCCCGGAAUUGGAGCAGGGUAUAUUAAACCCGCAGCUGGUGUCUUUGGGUCAUGAAAACCUGACCCCGGUGUAUACGAACCUUCAGGAACCCAGCGCCAAGAAGAGGAAGCACUCUCAAGACGUGAACUCCCAAGUGAAAUGUGAACCAGCGGCCCUGUCUCCCGAGAGCGUAGCCCGCCCUCCCCCAUCCGUGGACGGCUCCGAGGCCGGCGAUGACCCGCCACUCCAGUGCAUCAGGUUCUCGGCCUUCCAGCAGAACGUUUGGUGUCCGCUAUACGACUGCAACUUGAAGCCUAUUUUGAACACUUCGUACGUGGUUGGCGCUGACAAAGGCUUCAAUUUCUCUCAGAUAGACGAGGCUUUUGUCUGCCAGAAGAAGAACCACUUCCAGGUGACCUGCCAGAUACAGGUCCAGGGGGAGGCUCAAUACGUGAAGACUCCAGACGGAUUCAAGAAGAUUAACAACUUCUGUCUGCAUUUCUAUGGCGUCAAAGCGGAAGACCCGAGCCAGGAGGUGAGGAUCGAGCAGAGCCAAUCAGACAGGACCAAGAAACCGUUCCAUCCAGUGCCUGUGGACAUCCGGCGCGAGGGCGCUAAGGUCACCGUGGGUCGUCUGCACUUCGCUGAAACCACGAACAAUAACAUGAGGAAGAAGGGGCGCCCCAACCCCGACCAGAGGCACUUCCAGCUGGUGGUGGCGCUGAGGGCUCACGUCGCGCACAGCGACUACAUAGUGGCAGCGCAGGCUAGUGACAGGAUCAUUGUCAGGGCAUCGAACCCGGGCCAGUUCGAGUCCGACUGCACUGAGAGCUGGUGGCAGAGAGGAGUAGCCGAGAACAGCGUCCAUUACAGUGGGAGAGUCGGCAUCAACACCGACCGGCCGGACGAGGCCUGUGUUAUCAAUGGAAACCUUAAAGUGAUGGGACACAUAGUACAUCCGUCCGACGCCAGAGCUAAACACGACAUUGAAGAGUUGGACACGGCGCAGCAACUGAGGAACGUGCAGAGCAUACGAGUUGUUAAAUUCCACUACGACCCGUCGUUCGCCCACCACACGGGCCUGGCGGGUCACGCAACGGUCCCCGACACGGGAGUGCUGGCCCAGGAGGUGAGGGAGGUCAUCCCGGACGCUGUCAAGGAGGCCGGUGACGUCACCCUCGCUAACGGGGACAGGAUACGGAAGUUCCUCGUCGUGAACAAGGAUCGCAUCUUCAUGGAAAAUCUUGGAGCAGUGAAGGAGCUGUGCAAGGUGACAGGAAACCUGGAGACGAGGAUCGACCAGCUGGAGAGACUCACCAGGAGGCGGACCACCAGACAUGACAGCGCCAUCAGUAACGAUUCGCGAGUGUCGAUCACAUCUUCGAGGUCCUUCUACAGUGAUGGGAACAUCUCUAUCGAUCAGAUAAGAGACAUCGCCCGCAGCAUCCGCAGACACGAGUGUUGCCACAAACUCAGUCACAAAUCCCCAAAAUUCACCCGAAAACAGUGCAAAAACUGUCAUACGAAUUACACGAAAUAUGGGAAAUAUUACAACUACAAUAAGACAUGCAUCAAGAAUAAAGAAAUGAAGGACAGUGAACAUCCGUAUCCGGAUUAUGUUAAUAGUGCGGAACAGAAGUCACCGGAAGAUAAUUAUACGGUAACAAAAAAGAAGGACUCAUGUCUGUGGUUGCGGGACGACGAGAGCUAUCAACAUGGCAACACUAAACUGCCGUUCUGCUGCAGGAGGAAGUACAGAUACGGCGGCAGCGGGGAGCUAAUAUCAAAUAAAUUCCUGCAAAUCGUUAUCACUAUACUGAUAUUCGUCAUGGCUAUCUGCUUAGUUGCGAUGUCAGCGCUGUACUUCCGGGAGCACCGCGAGCUGGUGUCGCUGAGGGAGAGGCGGGUGACGCCGCGGACAGCGAAACAUAACACUAUACAGAAUCUUAAAAUAUCACAGCACAUGGUGGUCAAGAAAACGGCAAAAGAGAAAGCCCCAUACAAAGUGUCUCCGCAGUACGUGACGUCAUCACCGGAGCCUCCGACGACCCACACGACAAGGAACUACGUGAAGACAUUGAGUGCUCCUGUAGAUGCUCCGUCCUUGUUUCGCUCAGCGGCCACCAUCGGAGCUGGCUGCGGGUCCUCGAGCACUGACAAUGAGCUGGAUUCUGGUUGUCAGUCGUCAUGCUCGGACCCGUCCCAGGUGUUCAACAGCCAGCCCCUGGAGAGCAUCAGGGCCGACGAGGAGGAGAAACAGAACGACACACAGACGGAGAGAAAGAUCCUCACGCCGGUGAUGACGGAGAACAACUACCUGGAGAAGAACGAGAGCAGAGUGAGGCGCGCCGCGGACAGCGACGAGGCGCCCAGGAGCCAGGAGGAGAUGGCGCUGGAGGGGGACGGCGAGGGGGGAGGGGAAUGCGACACGCUCACCCUGGGUGUCGUGAGCAAGAGCUACACCAACGCGAGCGUGUUCAGCGAGCGCGUGUGUGUCCGCGUGCUACGGAAUUAUACGUACACGCUGCCGGUGUCCGCCUGCCUGCACCAGAAAUACCUGGACGUGGUCUUCAGAUCAUCCAAGCUGAGGGAGGUCCGUCUGUGCGACCUUCAGUGCAAAUCCGAGUCCAUGAAGACCUGCCAGGUGGAGCGCGAGUCCUCAAAACCUAUACCGGCUGGUGAUAUCUGGACAGCCAGGGUCGGACUCCGCUGCAGACUCGACCGCUGGAUGAAGAUAAGGGCUGGAUUCGUCCCUCUCAAGGACCUGUGCUACCUGAACCCCGAGGACAAGAUCCCAUUCGUCGAGUUCAACAUACACAUAUACAGGGACUGCAGGAACUGACCGCCGGUGUACAGAUAAUAUAUUUAGUUGAAUUUAAAAUCGUCCGUCCGUUAUCAUUUAUUCCAACAUAGCUUUAACUAUUAUAGAUGAUAUAUUUUUUUAAACCGCGUCAUCUGUUCGGUGGUAGCCAUUUUGUUUUUUUUUUUUUUUUAUUAUAUUCAGUCAAAGGCAUCGGUUGAAAGUAUAGAGAAAUGUUUUUUUUUUAUGAACCGUUCUUAUCUGCACACUGGUCUGUGCGCUGACCACGAGUGUCAGUGUCAGACUCGUUUCGGAUAGUUAGUGCUGUAUGUACUGAUUGUGACGAAUGGUAAGCGUGUCGUAAAAAUAUAUUAAACUGAAUUUAUUGUUAUAAUCUGAUACACGUUAAAAUUUUUCAUUUGACAUUAUGUGUGUAUGUGUGUAUGUGUGUAUGUAUGUCUCUGUUUGGAAGCUGUAUUUUCUACAAAACUAUCAUCAGCCUACAUUCCAUGCCAGUACUUAAUUCACAUAUCUCGCACGAUAAUUCAAUUUAUUACUAACGUAUAUAAAAAAAUUUAAUAAAAUAUAAUUUUUUCUUUAACAUUAAGAUAAGUUUUUUUAAUAUAAUUAAUAUAUAGUUUUAAUGUAAUGUAAUAAUUUAAAUAUUUUUUCCUAUUUGAAUCUCACGGAUAGACGGUCUUCGAUAGAUUGUUAUAAAAAAAAAAUAUCUUUUAAAUUUAAUUAGAUUUUAAAACAUCACAUUAUAAUAAGUUAAGUAUAUUUUAUUUUUUUGUAGAUAUAAUUUCUUGCCAUAUUCAUUAUUUUUUUUUUUCAUAUAUUUUUAUUUUUUUUAUUAUUAAUUAUAUUUUUUUUAAACAAAUGUAUUUUUUUUAGUAUACAAGACGCCGUAUUCUGUUAUCUCUGAGUUUUUAGUUGUAUCUAGUUGAUAUUAGAUAAUAAUCUGUAGUACUAAGAAAUAAAUAUAAUUGUAGAAAAU